CUCAUGUCUGCUGCGGGGUCCGCGGCGGCUGCGGGGCUGCGAUUCCGGGGCCGGCUUUUCCCCGCGCUCCUUGGGUCGCCUCGGGUUGUUCCGGGCAACUGCCGGAGCCUGUCAGCCAUGUCUGCAGAAUCUCAUUGGUUAACAACAGAAGAAAGGAAUCAAGUUAUACAUGACCUCAAAGCCUCAGGAUGGUCAGAAUUAAAUGAAAGAGAUGCUAUAUAUAAAGAAUUCUGUUUCAAAAAUUUUAAUCAGGCUUUUGGAUUUAUGUCCCGAGUUGCACUACAAGCAGAAAAGAUGAAUCACCACCCUGAAUGGUUUAAUGUAUAUAACAAGGUACAGAUAACUCUUAUUUCACACGACUGUGGUGGACUGACCAAGAGAGAUGUAAAACUGGCACAGUUUAUUGAGAAAGCUGCUGCUUCUGUUUAAUGCCAUGCAAAACUACAUGCAAAUAAUCUUGAUCAUGUCUUGACUACAGAAGAUGUUGAAGACAACUUACAUGACCAAUUAACUUCUAAAUUUCUAAUUUAUUCUGUAUUAAGAUAAAGAAGAUCUUAACUAUUAAAAUGAUUUGAACUUUAUCUGGAUCCAUUUCAGUCACAUAUUAAAAAUACAGGUAAACCAACUAACUUCAGUACCUUAAAAAUAAAGUAGAAAAACUCUUACCUUGAAUAUCUAAAAUAAUUUUUGGAAACUUCAAAUAUUAUGUCUAGAAAAUUGAACAUUAGAAACUCAAG